CUAAACAUUAUAACUACCCAAAAAACUUGCAGGUCCUUCUCAGCAAACAAAUUGAGCAUAGAAGAGAGAGAGAGAUGGGAAAAUCUCCUUGUUGUGACAAGGCUAAUGUCAAGAAAGGACCUUGGUCUCCUGAAGAAGAUACAAAGCUCAAGGAGUAUAUUGAAAAGCUUGGAACUGGAGGGAACUGGAUUUCUCUGCCACAAAAGGCUGGUCUUAGAAGAUGUGGGAAAAGUUGCAGAUUAAGAUGGCUCAACUAUCUUAGACCCAACAUUAAACAUGGAGAAUUCACUACUGAUGAAGAUAGGAUUAUUUGCACCCUCUUUGCUAGUAUUGGAAGCAGAUGGUCAAUUAUAGCAGCUCAAUUGCCAGGAAGGACUGAUAAUGAUAUCAAGAACCACUGGAACACUAAACUCAAGAAGAAACUUAUUGGCAUGGUUCAUGAUCCUCUUCAAUCCAAGAGAUUAAAGCCUCAUGAAACUACCUUCUCAUCUCUUCUUCAAACUUCUUCUUCUUCUUCUUCAUCUUUCUCACCAUACUAUAAUCCCCAAGUGAGGUCUUUCAAUGGUCUUGAUCAUCAACAACAACCCAAUUUGAAUUCAUAUUCACCAAGUUUGCUGAGCAGCAGUUCUGCUAAUUCUGCUAUUCCAUUCCAAGAGAGCUUAUUAAGCCCUAUGCAGCAUUAUCAAGCCACAGAUAGUCUUAUCAUGUUUGGAGGUGAAGCUAGUACUUGCAGUUCCUCUGAUGGGAGUUGCAAAUUGGAGUAUGAAAACAGUACUGAUUGUGCUGAUUUGAAGAAUUACUACUACCCAACUGAUCCAGAAAACCAAAAGUUCAUGCUUUCAAAUGGGUGGAGUAGUACUGAGAAGCAAAGUCCAAUUAUAGAUCAGUACUAUGGUAGUCUUGAAGAAAUUAAGCAGCUUAUUAGUAGUAGUACUAAUAAUAGUUGUCAUAGCAACUUUUUGUUUGAUGAAAGCAAGACAGAAGAGGAGAGGAGCUUGUACUACUGAUGAUAUUGACUGUGUGUACAAUCACAAAAGAUAUGAUCAGGAUGGGAUUAAAGAUUCAGAUUUGGAGUGGGAUCGGAUUGGGUGUUCUUUGAUUUUUUUAAAGUCUUCUCUUUGUGCAUUUCUUUUUGGGAAAUGAUGUAUGUUACAAUUCCAUGUAAACUAGAGAAAUCCAGUGGGAAUCGAACUCAGAACCUUUCGAGUU